CGAGAAAAAGUUGGAAAGGAACUUAAGCAGUCAGUCUGAUUUCAUAAGUUUAAGAGGAAGGGAAUCCAGGAGUGAGUUGGCUGCACUGGGUUGGGCCAGUCUGCAGUUUUUAGGAGGAGAGAGAGCAGACACUGAUAACCAGAAUUGGAAUCCACGUCCCUUUUUGAGCUAUGGUAUGGAUUCGGGAGGUGAACUCUUCAGUUCCCUGACGGCGAGGCCAGAUUCCGGAAGGUUCCGGCUCUCCGGGCAGAAGCCCCCGGUGGGAUUGGGAUCCAGCUCCUCCGACGACGAGGGCUUUCAGGACUGCGAGCUGAGAACGCCCGAGGGUCAGGCGCAGGAUGGGCCAGUGGGCCUGGCCGUGGGGGAGGGUAGCAGUGCCAGUCCGACAGGCAGCCUGUCUGGCUGGGGGCUCCGAGCGGCGCCGGCUGGGCCCCCACCCCCUGCUGAGGGCACCUCUCCGUCGGAGGCAGCAGCGAGCGAGCUGCCCAUCAUGAACUGGGAGACCCUGGAGAGUCACAUCGCCGGCCUCCAGCUACAGGAGGACGAGAGGCAGCAGGCCCGAGAGCGGAACCGCAAAACAGGCACCGCUGCCGGAGAAGGGUCGCCGCGGAGCAGAAGGAGAAUGGAGAGAUUCAGCUCCUGGGAAAGAGCAAGCAACAGCAAUUGGCAGAUGACGAACUUUCACUGCACCACGAGGUUCCACAGUCGGAUGAACCUGCAGCUCUGUUUCAUCAAUGACAGCAGCAGUGAGAGUGAGGCUGAGGAGGCAGUCGGGGGAGUUUCCAGCACACCGUCCCCUCAGCCAACUACAGGUGAAUCCUCCCCCAUUGAGGGGAGUCUGGAAUCCCGCAGGAAGGAGCUGGAGAGUGAGGCCAAAAGAAGUCUCGCCUUGUUACAGCAGAGACUCGACCAGGAGAAGCAGCUGCUGCGGGCAGCCGCCGAGCGGCUGAAAGAUGCCGAGGGCAGGGGCAAAUCUAUGGAGCGAAGUGACCUGCAAACAAUGAAGCUGCCGCAAAUCUGGGAUCUGCAAUCGCACCUCUACUCGCAAAUUCACGGUCUCAACACCCAACUGAUGGAGCUUCUGGAAACCCGGGAUGAGCUGAAGACCAAGCAAGAUGCCUUACUGGUCGAAAUUGGAGACUUGACACACUGAGUGCAAAUGAAGGUUCUGAAUAAUUCAACCAAAGAAAAACAGAAGUGAAGAGGUUUAUACGAUAGGGAUUCCUUCCUUUCCUGUCUUUUAUUUUUUCAUUUGUUUGCGAAUUUUGCACCAGUGGGAAAUCUCCGAUUCCGGGUUCCAGUCCAGGAUUCGAAUCCGGCUGAAUUCCAAAGUCGGGAGGGUUGUAUCUUUGGAGCUGCUCAGUUCGUGUCCAGGGGCCUGCAGGAAACACGAGACAAGGGGGAGGGCAUUCGGCCUGACGAACCUGUCCUACCCCUCCCUCACCCCGCCGCUCAGUGAGAUCUCGGGGCCCCAUCUGUAUCUUCGCUCCAUCUGCCGCCAUUGGAUUUUGCCGACCAUGGAUCCACCUUUAUCCAGCGAUUAAUUCCCUGGCCUGGCCCUCCCUCCCUCCUCAGUGCCAUCGCUGGGGGAGUGCCGCACUGCUGAAGGUGCCAUCUCGACUGAAAUGAUGUCUAACCUCUAAGCGACCGUGGAAGGACCGUGGAAGGUCCCACACUGGGGAGGGGUCUCCCAGAUGUCCUCUGAUCAAUAUUUAUUCCUGAGCCAAGAUCAGACCUACAAAAAAAAAGUGACAUUUGUGGGAUCUUGCUAUGCGUAAAAUGGAUGCUGUGUUUUCUGCAUUACAACAAUGACUACACUUCAGAACUUACAUUAAUUGGCUGUGAAGCACUUUUUCUGUUUGGGAUUUCUUUUUUAUCAGGCGUCACGUAAAUGCAAGUUCCGUCUUUCCUGUGGGAAAGGUGGGAUGCCCUCUCAUCCUGAGGUAAAAUGAGUCCGUGUGCAGACCCUGGGUCUGAGAAGGUGGACUAAAAUCUGUGGGCCAACAACAACCUGCAUUUAUGUGGUGCCCUGAACAGGGCGCGAUCAUUGGAAACAUCGUCAGGAAUAACUUAAGUCACAUCAAGGAGGGACAAGACCCAGACAUGUGUGUUACAGUGGGUCAGUUUGACAAGGUGUCUCUGAGACAGAGGGUUAGGGAGGGAAUUUCAGAUCUUAGGGUCCCCUAGGUUGCUGAGGGCCCAGAGUCGGAGAGAUGGAAAUCGGAGUAAUACAUAUCAGGGCAGAAUUAAAGGAGAGCUGAGAUCUCAAAUGACUGUGGGCCUGGAGCAGAUUACAGAGACGGGGAGGAGGUGAGACGCAGGAAGCGUUUGGAAACAGCGGUGUGAGUUUUAAAUGGUCCAAAUUGGCCAGUGAACACAGGGGUUUGGGGUGAAUCUACUCCUUUUAUGUCUGUCUUAGACUUGCCUGCGAAACAGAGGUGAGAUUGCACACCGGUUUUGAGAAGCCCCAUGACCAGGCUACUUGAU